AUGCCGCCUGGCAGAUUGACUUUUCUAUAUCCGCAUUUGCUGCGGGCCGCGCGAACGUCUGUCACACCGAGCUCCGUCACGACAAGAUGGGUGGCCACGACCAGAUCCAAGAGCUCGUUUGCGCCAAGGCAUGGGAAAGCCGUUGAGCCGACUUGGAAUAAGCCGCAAGAGGAAGAACAGCCGCAGCCGACCGAAUCUACAAAGGAGACCGACGCAGUUGCUCAAGAGCAGGAAGAGAAGAGUGCUGCUGAAACGGCUUCGACGACACCGACGGGCACGAAACAGCCAGACGCACAGCCGAGUUCUGCAGAGAAGUUGGAAAGCCCAGAGCUCGAACAGCCUGCUGUUACAGAGUCUACGACAGCCCCGACGGAGCCUGUAGAGCCGUCUGCCGGUCAGUCUGAGGCCGCUGGUGCGUCUGCCGCGGCACCUAGCUCAGGCAAGACGGUGGAGAAACCUGUUGAUGCUUCUGUCAAUGACGACACAUCAGCCCUUCCUUCGCUAGACGCCGUCUUGCAUAUGCCGUCUCCCGACAAGGUGGAACAUCCGCACAUGACGCCGCCCCCCUAUGUACACCACUUUGACAGCUAUUCUCUCGUAAAGCAGUUGGAGGAUGGCGGGUACACGAAGGAACAGGCAGUCACGUCGAUGAAGGCGAUUCGCAAGAUUCUGGCUCAGAAUUUGGAUGUAGCGCAGAAGAGCCUAGUCAGCAAGAGCGACGUCGAGAAUGAGACGUACCUCUUCCAAGCCGCCUGUUCAGAAUUGAGCACAGAAAUCAAGAACAAUCGCCGAUUGCAAGAAGAACAGAUGAGACAACAACGAACUCAUCUACAACACGAAGUCGAUAUCCUCACGCAAUCCCUCAACCAGGAGUUGCUGACGCUCAACGACGCUGUUCGAGGGCUGUUCAAUGACAGAAACAUGGCUGUCAGGGAAGAGCAGAAGGCGGUCGAGAGCGCGAUUCAAAAAAUCAACUACAAGAUGAGCAUCCUGCUGAGCAGUGACAGCAAGUCUGAAAUUGAAGGCGUUCGAUGGGUCUUGAUUCGCCGCUCUGUUGUUGGGCUUGUGUUCCUGGCUAUCCUCACUCUGGGGAUGAUUCGAUACACGACAUACCUGGCACAGCAGAAAAAGAAGGAGGCAGAGAAGCGAAAGAAGGAGCGGGAGAGAUUGAAGAGAGAUGGGGGGAGAAAUGACAAUACUUCAUCGGCGGACGCGGCUGUGAUUAUGUCUGCGAGCUGA